ACCAUGGAAGAGAUCCUGAGAGCCAUUCUGGACUCCCAAGCCACUCUGCAGACAGCUGUGGUAGAGCUGUGUAGAGCAACAGGAAAAACGGAAGAGCGGAAACCAAGAGAGGUGCUGACUAAACUGACGCAAGAUGAUGACGUCGAGACCUAUCUUACGCUGUUUGAAAGGACAGCAACGAGAGAGAAAUGGCCAAAAGCAGAAUGGGCGAACAUCCUUAUGCCUUUCCUGACCGGCGAAGCUCAGAAAGCCUGUCGAGAUCUUUCAGCUGCAGAGGCUGUGAGUUAUGAUAAGGUAAAGACUGCCAUCCUAGGCCAAUAUGGACUUAGCCUCCCCGCCAAAGCACAGCGAGUGCAUGACUGGAGCUACGACCCUGCUCUCCCCGUCCGGGCACAGGUGAUGGGGCUAGUCCGUCACACCAGGAGCUGGCUGGAAGAAGCAGAAGGGCCGCCCAUAGUGGACAGAGUGGUGAUUGACCGGUGUACAAGAGGCUUGCCAAAUGACAUCAAGAGGUAUGUCGCCCAGCAGGGGCCUCCCAAUGUGAACACAUUAAUAGCCUUAAUAGAAAAUCACCGAGUGAUGGCUAAUCUGAUGCGGUCAGAAAACAGGCCAAACAAUUAUAAAGCCAAGACAGAGAGAGAGAUGGUAGGCAAAGCUGUCAGUUCCCCACCAGCCCGAACGCCCCCUGGCUGGACCGGACCAGCUGCGAGACAAACCCAGUGGCCUCCUCCAAUCCCACGAUGUUUUUCCUGUGGCAGAGAGGGACACCUAGCCAGAGAGUGUCCGGAUCGGGAUGAGCCGAUGCCGACAGCUGGGUCUACCGACAACAAGGGUCUCUACUGCCACCACCUCACUACCUGUUGGGCCCAUGAGGGAGCACCAGCCCCAAGGUUUCCGGUGAAGAUUGCAGGGAGAGACACAGAGGCCCUCUUGGACUCCGGAAGUAUGGUUUCUCUCGUUCGACCACAAUUCGCCAGUGCCCCCUGGGGUGAAGAGAUGGCCGUGUCCUGCAUCCAUGGGGAUACCCGGAAGUAUCCAACCUCCAAAAUCCAAGUAAUCACUCCUCGAGGACGAUUCACUCUGCAGGUUGGGGUAGUCGAGCAACUGCCGGUGCCUGUGCUUUUCGGCCGGGACAGCCCCCUCUUCUCCCGCUACUGGCCCGCGGAGGCAAUGGACCCAAAAUGGCAAACCAGAAGACGACCGGAGAAGAAGAGAAAGUCUUCCGUAGCUCGCCCCGCCUGGGCAGCAGUAUCCCCCGAUGGCAGCCCAGCAGAAACUACUAAUGACGACAGGGAGGAAGCCGUCCACACCCAGACCACAGCAACAGACCCCGAACGGACAGCGGAGAUGGAGCCCCUGGAAGACAUACAAUCAGACGAGGUGUUCUCUCAAUUCCCGGAAGUUGAAAUGGAGGGAGGACUCAGGCCAGGACAAUUCGGCUCGGCCCAGCUGCAGGAUCCCAACCUAACCCAAGCCUGGAGAGACGUCCAAGUAAUAGAGGGUCAAAAGCAGGCUGGGGUGAGUCAAGUGUCUUUUCCACAUUUCAUGAUCAAGAAUAAGCUGUUAUACCGAGUAACCAAAAAGAACUCUGAUAUCGGUGAACAGUUGCUUAUCCCCAAAGAGUAUGCUUCCAAAGUGUUGUACCUAGCCCACUCCCACUUACUAGGGGCACAUUUGGGGAGGGAGAAGACGUAUGAACGUGUUCUCAGCCGUUUCUACUGGCCGGGAGUCAAAAGGGCCGUGGAGGACUACUGCAGACAUUGUGCCGAGUGUCAAAUCAACUCCCCAAAGGUAGAGUACCGAAACCCUCUGAUACCCCUCCCCAUUAUUGAAACACCCUUUAGCAGGAUUGCCAUGGACAUAGUUGGGCCCUUACCGAAGUCUAGCCGUGGCCACCGCUAUAUUCUAGUUAUACUGGACUACGCAACCCGUUACCCGGAGGCCAUUCCUCUACGGUCUGCUACGGGGAAGGUGGUCGCCAGAGAGAUGUUUCUGCUCUUCAGUAGAGUAGGCCUGCCGGAUGGGAUCCUUACAGACCAAGGGUCCUGCUUUAUGUCCAAAGUGAUGAAAUGUCUGUGCCAAAGUCUAAAGGUGAGACAAAUCAGAACCUCCGUCUAUCACCCUCAGACAGAUGGACUUGUAGAGAGGUUUAACAAAACUCUAAAACACAUGCUGCGCAAGGUGAUCGAUAUUGAUGGGAAGAACUGGGACCAACUCCUGCCAUAUAUUCUGUUCUCUAUACGGGAAGUACCCCAGGGUUCGACUGGUUUCUCACCGUUUGAGCUUCUGUACGGUCGGAGACCCCGGGGUUUGCUGGAUGUUGCCAAGGAAGCCUGGGAGCAGCAGCCGUCCACCCAGCGCAGCAUCGUGGAGCACGUGGAGCAAAUGCACCACCGAAUGACCCAAGUCUGGCCAUUAGUCCGGGAGCACAUGCAGCAAGCCCAAGCGCAACAAGCAAAGGUAUACAACCGGGGAGCCCAGGUGAGAGAGUUCAAACCUGGAGACAAGGUAAUGGUUUUACUUCCAACAAAUGAUUGCAAGUUUUUAGCCAAGUGGCAAGGGCCUUAUGAAAUACUGGAACGGGUGGGGCCUGUGAAUUAUCGUGUACGGCAGACAGGCCGUAGGAAAGCCAAACAACUUUACCAUGUAAAUUUGCUGAAGCCAUGGCAUGAGCCUCUCCCUGUCCCCUCUAAUGUCCUGCUAGCUAACCUGCCUCCCCAGGUCCUCCCGCCAGUGAACAUGAGUGACCAGCUGUCAUCCAGGCAAGGACAAGAUCUCCGAGAACUGCUCGAUAGAAACAGAGAUGUCUUCUCCGAGGCCCCGGGUCGAACAACAGCCAUCGCCCAUGACAUCAGAACAGAGCUGGGAAAGAUAGUAAGGCUACGACCAUACCGAAUCCCAGAGGCCAGACGGGAGGCCAUCAGAAAGGAGGUGAGGAAAAUGCUUGACCUUGGGGUGGUGGAGGAGUCACACAGUGCCUGGUCCAGUCCGAUAGUCCUUGUUGGGAAGCCGGAUGGCAGCAUUAGGUUCUGCAAUGACUAUAGAAAGUUAAAUGAGAUUUCUCUGUUUGACACCUACCCUAUGCCCCGGGUAGAUGAGCUGGUCGAGAGGUUAGGACCUGCCCGGUUCAUCUCCACGCUAGAUUUAACCAAAGGAUAUUGGCAGGUUCCACUCACCCCACAAGCAAGGGAGAAGACAGCUUUCUCAACACCAGACGGCGCCUUCCACUAUCGAGUCCUCCCGUUUGGUCUUCAUGGAGCCCCGGCAACGUUCCAGAGGCUCAUGGAUAAAGUGCUCCGGCCACACCAGGCCUACGCUGCGGCGUAUCUGGACGACAUUGUAAUCCACAGCACGUCAUGGGAGAACCAUCUGCAGCACCUGGCAGCUGUUCUCCAGGCCUUACGAGAGGCGGGACUGACAGCCAACCCUGCAAAGUGCUGCCUCGCCCUGGAGGAGGCGAAUUACCUUGGGUACACUGUCGGACGAGGAAAUGUGAAACCCCAGGUAAAGAAGGUGGAUGCCAUAACAACCUGGCCCCAACCCCAGACAAAACGUCAGGUGAGAACCUUUCUAGGGCUAUUGGGGUAUUACAGACAAUUCAUCCCUAACUUUGCCUCUUUAGCGGCCCCCUUACAUGAACUGACAAACAAAAGUGCAUCCAACCGGGUGAAGUGGACGGAACAGACACAGCUGGCCUUCCAUGCCUUGAAGAAAGCCCUCUGCAGCGAAACCAUGCUACACACCCCCGACUUCAGCAAGAGGACUUUAAGUUUACAGUGGAACACAGAGCCGGAAAGCUGCAUGGGAACGCUGAUGCCAUGUCGAGAAGGGACGACUGCCUGUGGUCGGCCGCUCCCCACCGUGGAUCGGAGCUGAGGGGGGGGGUAUGUGAUGGCCCAGCCUGUCAGCCGUGCCACACAUGGCUGAGGACAGCCAGGCAGAGGCAAUCCAGAGGCGUGGUGUUGGAGGGGCGGUACUACCCCAGGGGAUCCCCCUGGAGAGCUCCUCCCCUCCCAGGUGUCUCUU